CCCAACAAAAAAAACAAAAAAAACCCCAACAACCUAGUGAGUUUGGUUACGGUUAUAACAUGGAGCUUCGAAUAAGAUUGUGUGCUACUUUAUUAGGAAUAUUCCUGUCUGUUGGUCUGCUGCAGUACGAGUGUAAAGAGCUGGAUGGCUACAAGUUUCCAGUAUAUUCAACAGAAUUAUGCCCCAGAAAUCAGACAGAGUGGAACGAGAGGUCGUCUGCCAUCAACUGUACCAAGGACAAUGGAUACUUGUGUUUCCCGAAUGAAAAGUUCACCCAGCUGCUGGAGUUCUGUUAUAGAACUCGUUUCAUAUGGAUACAGGAAGGCUAUUGUUUGUAUCUAAAAAAAGAUGACUCGACGAUAUAUUCAUACAGCUGCAGCAGUUUCCAAUUCGGAUGUCAUAAUUCCUCCUUUCAAUCAUAUGAUUUGUUUAAACAUUCGGGUUGUACAUCAAUUGGAAAUGGUUGUUUUCUUGCUGAACCAUCUUGCAAAGGUUCGGACACAGCAACCAGUCUUCCAGAAACAACGAAACCAACACACGUUGAGAAUGUCACUAGGAAUUACAGUACAACAGCGUCCACUGAUGAAAAAACAAACCAAACCCUAAAAUAUAAAGACUAUUUCAUCUAUGAUGAAUUAUUCAUGAUGCCGAUUCUUGCUGGAGUACUUAUUCCAAUCAUUAUAUUCUGUAUGCUGUGUAUCAUUUACAGGACAGGUAUUCGACUCCGGAAAAGAUGUGAUGACGAAGAACAACAAACAGAAACAGCCUUAGAGCUUUCACCACUAAUUCAAACGGAUAAACGUGAUAAUGCAGUAUUGAUUGAACAAGAAUCGCCACUUGAUCGAGCUAUAUUUAUGCAGUGGCAGGAUGACAACAGACAAUUUGUUUCAACAAGAGCUUGUAAAGAAGUAGAAGAACUCAUAAAAAGUCAGAACCUGGUGGUUGUGACUGGCAACUCUGGGUCAGGGAAGUCCGCCAUCAUACAUCACAUAGCACUGGGGUAUAGGAGUCAAGGAUGGACGGUGAAACCAGUAUAUAACGUGAAGGAAAUCACUGAUACAUAUUCCUCAGUAGAUGUAUUACAAAGCAGAAUCCUUUUUGUAUUCAAUGAUCCUAUUGGCAACGAAUCCUUCGACGAAAUAGCCUAUAAUUCAUGGAAGGAACACGAUGAAAGGUUAAAAGCUUGUUUAAAAAAUAACAAGAUGCUGCUCUCAAGUAGAAAAUAUAUUCUACUUGAUUAUAGGGUUAGAGGAAUAUUAAACGAUAAAUCAUGCAUCAUUGAUCUUAGUGAUGACAAACAUAAACUGAAUAAUGAAGAAAAAGAAAACAUUUUAAGGAGUUACUCAUCAACCAGUUGUCUUUUAAAAGACGAUAUUGAUGGAAUUUUGAUGACUGAGGAGUAUUUUCCUUUAUUAUGCAAACUUUUCUUUAGCGACAAAUAUAACCAGACAAUAGGACCGCGGUUUUUUAAAGAACCUUUUAACGUAUGUCAGGAACAAAUAAGAAAUUUCAGAAAGGAAUGCAAAGACAGUUACUGUGCUCUAGUUCUUCUUGUUCUGUGUAACAAUCAGCUUUGUGUUGAGGAUAUACAAGAAAAGGAUUGCUUAAGAGAAAAAUUUAAACUUGCUUUGAAACUGUGUGAAAUGAAGAAAAGCACAGCACCUCAUACUAUUGGUGACGCUCUGAAGACUCUAGAGGGAUUUUUUGUCAAGAAGAUUGAGGACACGUAUCAUUUUUAUCACGAUUUUGUAAUGGAAGUUACCACCUAUGUGUUUGGAACAGACUAUCCGAGAGAAACAAUACAGUAUGCUGACAUUGGUUUACUUAGACGACGUGUAAACUUAAAAAGCAGUAACGACAAUAGAAAAGAAAAAGUUGAUAUAUUUACCAUAUAUUUGAAUGAUAAAUAUGUUAGCGAUCUAGUGGAUAGACUUUUUAAUGAUCUAUUUGGAGAUCGUAUGUUUGAUGUUGUUCUCAAUCCAUGUAUGAGGAAUGAGAAGGUGGCUACAUAUUUCAUAAAAAAAUUAAAAGAUAGCCCCGAAAAACUGCACAAAUUACUUGCGAAAAAACAGCUUGACAGCAAUUUUGAAAAGCAAGAAGAUAAGCAAGAAUUACAACUAUCAUUUGGUUCCAAACUUGAAUUUCUGAAUGAUACAUAUGGAGUGCAAAUUCUUAGUGCUAUAAUAGUAUUUUGUCAUACAAAUAUAUCAAAACAUUGUUUAGAAACUCUACAGCGAAUGCAAAAUUCUCUUAAAGAUACUUCUCUUUUUUUUGCGGUAUGUUGCAAUGGUUCGAUGAAUUUGUUUAAUGUUUUUCCAAAAGAACAAAUUGAAACGUUUAUGAAGGCAAAGUGGAGGUACCACUAUCCUAUUCACAUUGUUUCCCUGUUUCAUAAUCAUGAAAUACUGCGGGUGCUGAUUCAGAUGAAGAAUGAUGUAAAUUUGAUCACACUGAGUGGAUAUGGAUAUACUCCCUUGAUGUUGGCAGUUUCAAAUACGGACACAAGCGAACGAAAAAAUAAGGAAACCAAAAAUCAGCCAACUGAUAUCACUGUGGAACUUUUAAUGAAUCAUGGAGCUGACAUUAAUUUUAGUAAUUCAGUGCUUGGAGGUCCUCUCCAUAUAGCAAGUAGUAAAGGAAACGAUCACAAUGUAGAACUUUUGUUAAAUAAAGAAGCAGAUAUAAGUUCAUGUAACACAUACAAAGAAACUCCUGUACAUAAAGCAAGUGAACAGGGAAAUGAUAGCACUGUACAACUAUUAUUAGAAAAAGGAGCAAAUAUUAAUUCAUGUGCCCUAAACAAAGAAACUCCUCUACAUAAAGCAAUUAAAUGUGGACGUGAAAGCACUGCAAAACUUUUAUUAGAUAAAGGAGCAGAUAUUAAUUUAUGUGACACAAACGGAGAAGCGCCUCUACAUAAAGCCAGUGAAUUUGGACCUGACAGCACUGUUCAACUUUUAUUAAAUAGAGGAGCAGAUAUUAAUUCAUGUGACACAAACAAAGAAACUCCUCUACAUAAAGCCAGUGUGAGGGGACAUGAUAGCAUUGUACGACUUUUAUUAGAUAAAGGAGCAAAUAUUAAUUUAUGUGACAAAUACAAAGAAACUCCUCUACAUAAAGCCUGUGGACGGGGACAUAAAAGCACUGUUCAACUUUUAUUAGAUAAAGGAGCAGAUAUUAAUUCAUUUAACACAAAGAAAGAAACUCCUCUACAUAAAGCCAGUGAAUGGGGACGUGAAAGAAUUGAACAAAUGUUAUUAAAUAUGGGAGCAGAUAUUAAUUCAUGUACCGAAAACAAAGAAACUCCUCUACAUAAAGCCAGUGAAAAUGGACCUGACAGCACUGUUCAACUUUUAUUAAAUAGAGGAGCGGAUAUUAAUUCAUGUGACACAAACAAAGAAACUCCUCUACAUAAAGCCAGUAAAAAGGGACAUGAACGCAUUGUACAACUUUUAUUAGAUGAAGGAGCAGAUAUUAAUUCAUGUGACACAAACAAAGAAACUCCUCUACAUAAAGCUAGUGAAGAGGGACAUGAAAACACUGUACAACUUUUAUUAGAUAAAGGAGCAGAUAUCAAUUCAUGUGACACAAACAAAGAAACUCCUCUACAUAAAGCCAGUAUAAAGAGACAUGAACGCAUUGUACAACUUUUAUUAGAUAAAGGAGCAGAUAUUAAUUCAUGUGACACAAACAAAGAAACUCCUCUACAUAAAGCCAGUAAAUGGGGACGUGAAAGAAUUGUACAACUUUUAUUAGAUAAAGGAGCAGAUAUUAAUUCAUGUGACACAAACAAAGAAACUCCUCUACAUAAAGCCAGUUUACAGAGAAAUGAACGCAUUGUACAACUUUUAUUAGAUAAAGGAGCAGAUAUUAAUUCAUGUGACACAAACAAAGAAACUCCUCUACAUCAAGCCAGUAAAUGUGGACGUGAAAGAAUUGUACAACUUUUAUUAGAUAAAGGAGCAGAUAUUAAUUCAUGUGACACAAAGAAAGAAACUCCUCUACAUAAAGCCAGUGAAUGGGGACGUGAAAGAAAUGUACAACUUUUAUUAGAUAAAGGAGCAGAUAUUAAUUCAUGUGACGCAAACAAAGAAACGCCCAUACACAAAGCCAGUAGUAAAAUUAGAAAUACAAAUACUGUUCAACUUUUAUUAGAUAAUCGGGCAGAUAUUUAUUCAUGUGACAUAAACGAAGAAACUCCUCUACAUAAAGCAAUUAAAUGUGGAAGUAAACGCACUGUACAACUUCUAUUAGAUAAUGGAGCAGGUAUUAAUCUAAAUGACACAAGCAAAGAAACACUUCUCCUUUAAACCAGUAAAAGGGGAUUUGAAAGGGGAUUUUUAUUAAAUAAAGGAACAAAUAUUGAUUUAUGUGAAAAAUACAAAGAAACUUCCUCUACAUAAAGCUACUCGAUGGGGGCAUGAAAGCACUGUAUAACUUUUAUUAGAUAAAGAAGCAGAUUUUAAUUCAUUUGACACAAACAAAGAAACUCCUCUACAUAAAGCCAGUGAAUGGGGACAUGAA